UAUCUUUUGUUCAUGGUAUCAGAGCGUAUGAUUCAUACCUCGAUUAUUUUUCCGCUGUAACUCUUGUUCUUGUCUCUCUUUUCGGUAUCUCUCUUGAAUAAAUGGAGGGAUCAUACCAGAGAAUUAUUCCUGUUAUCUUCAAAGGAGAUAACUAUGUUAGUUGGUCUAGAACGGCCAAGAUGGCUCUUGGGAGCCGCAACCUAUGGAGCCACGUCUCCACAGAGAAACCUGCAGAUGGAUUGGCAUCAGAUGAAUCCAACAAAUGGCUGCAAGAAGAUAUGCAAGUGGUAUCCAUUCUUCAAAGUUCUUUUGAUUCGUCAAUUGUUAACAGUUUCAGCCACAUUGAAUCUGCUAAGGAGUUAUGGGAUACUUUAAAAAAGGCAUAUGGAAACAUCUCUAACAUCAGUAGAGUUUAUGAGAUUCAGAGGAAGCUCGAAGCCCUCAAGCAAGAUGGAAGGCCAUUCAAUGAAUUGUUUGGAGAAUUUAGUUCUCUUUGGGCAGAACUAAACGACAUUAGGCCUCCAGAAACUUCAACUACUGCUCGUGAAAGGCAUAAGCAAGACAUGGUGUUCUCUCUUUUCUCAUGUCUUGAUGGUGGAUACGCUGAUCUGAUUCAAUCUGUACUUCGAGAGUCCACUAUUCCAUCUCUUGAUGAUGUCUCAGCUAGGAUUCGAAAGGAAGAAAGCACAAAACAAUUCUUCCAAGGGAAUGGAGAAGUGGCUCACUAUCGUAAGGUGAAUGAGCAAAGCAACAAAAUAAUUGAGUGUGGUCACUGCAAACGCAAGGGGCACUCCAAAGAGAAGUGCUGGGUGUUGCAUCCACACCUCAAACCCUCCCGUUUCAAGACUGAAAAAGACAGCACUCCAAAGAAAGCACAAGACAAUCGACAAUGGAAUAAUGGAAAUGCUAUGAAGGCUAAUGAAGAACUGCAGUUCACAAAGGCUGAGGUUGAGGCUUUAAUUGCUGAACAAAUUCAAAAACUUAUGGUUGCCAAAGAAUCCGGAUAUUAAGUCUGGAGAUGUACUGGGAGAAGGGAAGGCUGCCAAUGGUCUCUACUAUCUUGAAAAUGCUAAUCAAGCUUUAGAAGUUGCUUUCAAUUCAAUUUGGCAUGAUAGACUUGGACAUCCUCAUCACAAUGCUUUGAAAUUACUUUUUCCAAACAUUAAAUCAACAAAAGGACAUUG